AUGCGCGAUGACAGUGAUCUGAUCGAGCGUCUCGUUCGAGCUGCUCUGAGGGGUGAUCUCCAUGUCCCGGACAUAAGUCAUUUCUUGACUAAGGAACCUGAAGUUCCUGAGCUUGUUCAACCCCUGAAAGACUUCUACGCAGCGAUCGCGACCUUUGUCGACAACGUGAACUGCAGUCGUGCUUCUACGACUGUAGAGGAAGGUGGCUCGAGUACAUCUUCUGGCGCUGGCGGUGAUCAGACCCAGACACAGCCGUCGCCUAAGUCCAAUGGGUGCUCUACCUCUUGCCCCAUAGCCCACAUCGAAACUGCCUUCCAAAAGGACGACAAGGUCGUCACGCUCCUCCCGAAAAACAAACAGCAGUGUCGGGAUCUGCCUUUCCUGAUGUCGCAAGCUUCCGCACUUGGUGCUAGUGAUGCAGGAGUGUUCAAGUACGUGCUAAGCGACGACAUCGACAUCAAAGUGAGCGUUGGGCAAGCUGCGUCUUCGUCAUCUUUCUCGUUGUCCUACGACGACGCCGCUGGUGGCUUUCGUGUGACAUAUCAUCAGACAGAUGACCCUAUCAAGGUCAAGCCCACGACCGGUGGCGAGACUCGGCCGGAAAUCCUCGCCACACAACUCGAGGGCACUGAGGAACAGCGCCGUGUAUGUGGUCUGCCUUUGCAGUCUCCCAUCUAUCCGUUGCCUCAUAAUAAACUCGAUGAUACCUUGUACGAGAUCAACGGGCUGCAUUCCCCAUACGCAUAUCUAAGCAACGAUCACGGCGGGAUAUUCCUGAUACAUACAGAGGACGGUUAUCUAUGGUCGCUCAAUGUGCUUUACCUCGGAGAAGUCCUCUGGACUACAAUCGAUCCCAAGGAUGCGGCCCUGGUAGAGAAGCUGUAA